CUUGAUUCGGAGAUUAGAAAAAACAAAAAAGAUUUAGCGGUUAAGUUGCAGCUCUCCGGCAGUCUCUCACUCUGUUCUCCUCCAUCCUUCAUCGGCCCUCCAACGUUCGGUCUUGCUGCGAUAAUGUCGGAAAAGAUAUCCCCGCCGGAGGUGAAGAGGUCCUGGGGGGACGAGGCAGAGGAUGAGGACAAGCUUCCGCCGCCGCCGUCCCCGAUCGGCGAGGGGCCGUCGAAAUCCGACGUCUCCGAGCUCGAGAUCGAGACGCUCAAACUGGUCGAGACCGAGAAGAAGGUCAACGAGUUCCUCGAAGAGCCCGAAGACUCCAAAAUCGAAGCUGUGACCACAGGUGAAACUCCGUAUUCGUCUGCUGCGACGUUUGAGGAGCUCAACCUCUCGCCGGAAUUGUUGAAGGGUUUGUACGUGGAGAUGAAGUUCGAGAAGCCUAGUAAGAUUCAGGCCAUUAGUCUGCCGAUGAUCCUGACUCCUCCGUACAAGGAUUUGAUAGCUCAGGCGCACAACGGUUCGGGGAAGACCACUUGCUUCGUGCUGGGAAUGCUGAGUCGUGUAGAUCCAUCCCUAAAAGCUCCACAAGCACUAUGCAUAUGCCCUACCAGGGAAUUGUCUAUUCAGAACAUAGAAGUUCUAGAGAAGAUGGGGAAGCACACUGGGAUUACGUUCGAAUGUGCCGUGCCUGUGGACAGUGGUAGUGAGAAGUUCAAUCGGAAUCCAGUGUUUGCUCAAGUUGUUAUUGGCACCCCGGGAACCAUCAAAAGGUGGAUGUCACAGAGAAAACUAAGCGUCCAAGAAAUGAAAGUUCUCGUAUUUGAUGAGGCAGAUCACAUGCUGGCAAAGGAUGGCUUUCAAGACGACUCCCUCAGGAUCAUAAGGGACAUCCGGAAAGCCCAACGGAAUGCUCAGGUUCUUCUUUUCUCGGCUACCUUUGACGAAAAUGUGAAGAAUUUCGUCUCUAAGGUUGUCCACGACUACAAUCAACUAUUUGUCAAAAAAGAAGAACUGUCGUUGGAGUCUGUUAAGCAGUACAAGGUGUUCUGCCCUGAUGAGCAGAUCAAGAUUCGGGUGAUAAAGGACAGAAUCCUCGAACUCGGCGAGAAGCUUGGGCAGAUCAUUAUCUUCGUGAAUUCAAAGAAAUGUGCUAGCAUGUUGCACACUGCUCUUGUCGAACUCGGUUAUGAAGUUACAACAAUACACGGUGCUCUUAAUCAUGAAGACCGUGACAAGAUUGUCAAGGAGUUCAAAGACAAUCUGACCAAAGUUCUCAUUUCGACCGAUGUGCUCGCUCGAGGAUUUGAUCAGCAACGGGUUAAUUUGGUUAUAAACUUCGACCUGCCUGUCAAGUAUGAUAAUAACGAGCAGCCUCAAGAUCGUAGAGUUCCACGAGAGCCUCAUUUCGAGGUCUACCUGCACAGAAUCGGUAGGGCUGGGCGUUUUGGAAGGAAAGGAGCCGUGUUCAACCUCAUCAUGACUGACGCCGAUCGGGUGCUGAUGGAGAAGAUCGAGCGCUACUUCGAUAGCCCCGUCACUGAGGUCCCAUCUUGGAGGAGCGAAGAAGACUUCGCGGCGGCUCUCAAGUCUGCCGGUUUGUUGUGAUACCGCCGUAGUGAUGGGGUUGAGUGUUUUCUUCUGUAGCCAUUUCGUGGUCGCCUUUUCCCUAUUGGUUAUAGUGGUUUCGAUCGUGUUUGCUGAAACCCUGUAAAAUCAGUUUUGAUUCAAUGCAUUGUCCAACAUGAACUUCAGUUUAGAAAUCAAUGAAUUUGUUGCAUCAGCUACAGACGUUGAAUCUCCUCUGUUCUAUUAUCUUGGUAUAUUUAUUAUAUUGUUGCC